AUGAUUAUUUCAAAACAGAAUUUAAUCAACAAACAAGAGCUAGAACGCCCUUUGAUUGCUUUUAUCGAGGAAGCUUGCUCAGCUGAUGAGGCUAGCUUGACCGAGAUGCUCAAUGCCAAUCUUAAGUGGGAUCGUCCUAGAGGUGAUUUGCUUACAUGGGUGAAGCUUCUCAAUCACUUUGACGAGAUAUUUGAAAAACAGAUCAAGAAAUAUGAAUUAGACAAGCCUCAUCCUCCCUUAAAAAUUAUGUCUGAUGCUGACUGCAGCCUCGUCACAGCUUGUUUGAACUUCACUGAUAUUCUUUUGGAGCAUUGCAUUAAUCGAAAUAUCUAUGCUAGUUCCGAAAGAGUAUAUCAAUUAAUAUCAACGCCCACCAUCGAUGUCAGAUUAGCGGCAAUGGAAGUUGCUGUCCGCCUUGGUGAGCGAUAUGUCGCCUCUACGUACCUCAAAAAGUAUUCUGCGUCGAGAGAGGUCAGACAAAGGACGCUUGAAUUAGCAAAAUUCUAUCCUCCACCUGUUCCUACCGGAUUUAUCCAAAAGCAAGCUGAAUCGAUAAAUCCAAGUGACGAAACGAUGCCACGCAGUGAGCAUUAUAGUCUAAUCGACACUCUCGACCUGAAAAAACUAUAUCCCAAAAACUGGGCCAGUCUCAACUUUCACUACUAUGCAACUCCUCAGACUCAGCUAGGCAAUCGAGAGAGGGGUAAAAAGGACAAGAAGGGAAGGGCGAAAUCAAAUCACGACCGAGAGGGUAUGAUGUCCUUCAAUUUGUGUGAGUCUUCUCUUAAAAAGCUCUCAUUUGAGCAAGUAUACAACAAGGCAUCGGAGAUCCUCCCUCCAUCAACACGGUUCGCAUUUUCUCUUGCUGCUCAAACUGCCAAAGCAUUCAACUCGCGUUCGUCCGAUUGUAUCAUUCUCAGAGAAAAAUUACUCCGCAUCAAGUGUGCUGCUGUGUCAUUCAUCGCAUUGAUGUGUAACGUCGAGUUUACUUCAUCAAACUUAUUUGAAGCUGAGCCCUAUCUUCUAAACUUCUUGGCUGACUUUUUAUCGCCCGAAAAUGAAUCCAAAUUUUCCAAUGAAACCUUUUAUUCCGUGUUGAAAUCCUUGGAAGCAAUUGCCCGCAAAAGACAAUGGGGCAGCGAACUUGUCCGGAAUUUGGGUUGCAAUGUUAGUCAUGGUUUAUUAUUUCAACAUUUGCGUUUGAUGAAUACACAGGUGACGAAACAGCUCGAUGGAUGUUUUGAAAGGGGAAAUCUAUUAGUAUUCACUCUUAUCGGACACUUCAUUGAUAAUAAAUCUUUGAUCCCAAGGCUUGCCUCAGGGGGGAUCUUGAGUGAGCUCAUGUCCUUCCUCAACGUUCAAACAAGGUUUCGUUGGACUUGCUCUGCAGCUGUGAAUACUAUUGCUCUGUUUCUCCGUGCCUGUCCGGAGUACAUAUCUGACUUUAUAACCCUCGAUGGUUUUAACCUUUUGAUUAAUACCAUCAAUUAUGAGGUUGAUUUCGCAAUCGAAAAUCCUGAUUUUGGCGGAGGGCCACCCAAUGAUGUAAAGGUUUACUACGAAAUCACCCUUAGGCAAGUCAACUUUUUACGAAAUAUUUUGCGUCUUUGUUCACAGCUUGUGCAAGCCGACGGGAGCGACAGAAUGAGAAACUUGUUUGACUCCUCUAUCUUGCAUACCUUCAAGAGAAUAAUUGAAAAUUCCAGCCUUUUUGGUCCUCCAGUAGUGAGUGCGACCCUCGAUGCGGUUCUAUACAUCAUUCAUAAUGAGCCAACAGCAUUUUCAAUCCUCAAAGAAGCAGGUGUUAUAAACUCAAUCAUAGCAAACUACGAAAAAUUCUUCAUGCCUUCAAAUGAGCUACAAAUGGCUCUUCUUGAGGUUCUUGGAGCAAUUGCUUUAAACAAGGAUGGUUUGAAACGCAUUAUAGAUUCCUCUGUUUUGGAGACCUACUUUGGCUCAUUUUAUGAUCUUUCAAUUGCCAAAGAGCUAGUUCGAGGAGAUAUGUCAACGAGCAUUGGUGUUUCUAUGGAUGAGCUUGGACGACACUUCACGGAUCUAAAACCCAUUAUUGCCCGGGAGAUUAGAAAGCUCAUCGAGGAAAUGUCGCGUCACGCCAAUAAGAACCUAGAGCCAGCGCAAUUUUAUCCAGCAAUAAGCUACGGGGUCUUUUACGAAGCAGGUGAGUCUGAGAAACUUGAGUUACAAGAAGGUGAAAGCGAGAUUGAAAGCUGGGAGUCAGCUGAGGGAUCAGCUCUAAUCGAGAACCUAUUCGGUUUCUUGAGCGGGCUUUUGCAAGACAGUACACAAUGGGUGAGAGAUUUGACUGAAGAUUUCGCUUUCAGUCAUUGGUCGGAGUAUAUCACACUUCCUCGUGCGCCCAUUGACUACGUCACCUCAAAUGCUAUGACAAGCUUCAUGAAUCUUCUCAAGUUUUUGGAGGAUGAGAAUGAAAACUACGGUCUUUCUGAUCUUGUACGGGCUUUGUUCACGAGGCUUUCGUCGAGUCUAGUGCAAGACUUCAUAAAUUGCGAUAGUUCGGAAUCAUACUUUGCUUGCUCACGGACUAAUAUUGAUAAUGCAUCCAAGUUGUUACGAGAAUUAAAUGCCAUCAAUAAUAUUCUUCUCAUCUUGACGGAAAGCUAUCUUCUUCCUAACAAUAUGGUGAACGAGAAAUACCAAGCCUUCAUAAAGAUUCUCGACGAAAUUGGAAAUCCCUUGAUAAAGUACCUAGUGCAAUUGAUGGGCAGAAGUGUCAUCGAAGAGAUUGCUGUUCGUUUGCAUCUUCUGGCUGAAGCCAUUGAGUAUACAGCGCCAGUGCUAGAGUCGUAUGAGGAUGUUCCCCCUGUUCAGGUUUUUGGACGAAAACCCAAAAAUGAUUCCGUAAGCAACACUUGGACUGAUCCCCGCUUCAAGAAUACCUUGCAGGUGCGUUUCCUUGCAUAUCGGUUUCAGCACAACAUAGCAUUGAUCUUAUCGAAUAUUUCGAGAAGUUGCACGCAGAAACGACAAGAUUUCUUUUCCUAUGAUUGGAGAAGAGCGGCAGUUUCACAAACAAGGUAUUUGGCAGUACAUUUAGAUGCGUUAUACAACAGGCAUACUGUCUUGGAAUGUGAAUUUGUGUCAAACUAUCAAUUGGUCACAACUAACUUGAUUAAUUUCGUUUCUCAUAGCAAAGAUAAGGGCAGGGAAGUCUACUCAACUGCUCUUGUUCUGUGCUUCUUUUUCCACACAAACCUCAUGAGUAGAUUGACACGUCUGGCAAUCGAGACAUUCAACGACCUAUUGAAUUGCGAUGCAGCAAAGAGGUUGGAGUCAAAAAAUUUGAGCUAUGUCCACAAUUCACAGGUUUCAAUCAAAAACCACUUUGUCAACGAGGUGUUAUCCAUUUUGACGAAAGUCACAGACAUGAGAUACGUUCCUCGCUUACCAUUCACUCAUCUCUUCUUUAAUAAGAAGUACUGUCCCAAUGAAAAUGCGAUUUCGGAAUGCAUUGUGUCUCAAGCAACUCUUGAAGGCUUAAUAUUGGUGCAAAAUACAAUUGGCACUAAGUCGACCCUUCUCACUAAAGCUAACUACGAAACCUAUGAUCUCUUUCCUUUAGAGAUCAAUAUGUAUCUAGUUGACCUCGUCAUUACAUGCUGGAAAGUGAAACCAAUUGACGAAUUCUACACGAUUCAUGAAGACCGAAGAACACCUGCGUAUGCCCAGAUUCAAUAUCUAAUGGGAGAGCUUCUGGUAACACAAGAAAAGGCCAUUGAACUCUUAAGGUCAAUGAAAACGAACGAUCAGACUGGUGAGCUAGAUGAAAAGAGUGGUCUUACAACAAAGGAUCGCGAUAUCAUCGUUUCGUCGGAACAAAUGAUCAGUAUUAGUCCGAUCAUGACUCUGGUUUCUACCAAGAUCAAAUCAUAUCGUGAAACAGAAGGAGAGUUUCUAUUCGGCACUCCGCUAGUGAAAUUAAAUGCUUCCAUCUCAGGCAUAGAUCGUGAAAUUGCUCUUCUAAUCAAUGAGAAUUCCCUUGAUCUAAAUGAGACGAUGAUUGACUAUGUCGAAAACCUAACGAAUGUACACUCCAAGUGGUCCUUUGAUCAUAGAGCAAACACCCUCAGGCUUCUCGGUCAUAUUUUUUCUUCUGAUGUAUACUCAAAUGACAUCGACCCAGAUAAAUCUCAAAUCGCACAUAUUCGGUUUUUGAAUAUGUUUGUUAUGGAUUGUCUGAAGACCCCUUCUAUUGCUGAGAGCGCAUAUUUAUGCGAAGCUUUGCAGUUUUUACAACCCGUUCUCAGUAAAACACUGCCUAAUUCAUUACCAGGACAGUUUCCCUAUUUCAAAGAUGUGAGUGAAGAGUUGAAAAGAUCGCUUCUAGAUGUUCUUCUAAGUCUUGAUACCGGCCAGAAUUUUGAGGCUUCAUUGGCACUUUGCAAGGUUUUGUACUUGUUCGCCAAAGACGAGAAGUUUAAGCCCAUUGUCGCCUCAUCUACGCUUGUGAAAAAGCUUAUUCACGACGUCGCAUCCACUCCAACCGAGAAGGCGACUAUCUCGAAAGAGCUUGCGAAAUCAGCAAUCCUCUUGUUGCGCGUCUGCUUUGAAGACUUGAGCACUAUCGAGAGUGUGUUUUCUUCUGAAAUUGUUAAAUCAAUAAAGAAGCUGCCAAGUGGCAAAAAGGAUUUCAAGCGCUUGUUAGACGAAAGCCAUGAGCUGGUUUCGAGAAAUCCUAGUCUUUUUAUUAAUACCGCCUCCAAGCUUUUAAGAAUCGAAAAUUAUAACGGGCAAUCACAUCAUAGCGAAAAUGUCUUUCUCGUCGAUUAUGGCCAGCGACCUCCCGAGCAUUGCGAUGAUAUUGAUAUGAAUGAUUCGGAAAAUUACCGAUCAUCUACAAUGGGACUCAUGCAUUUUCUCUUAUCUGAGCUCAUGCUGGUUUCCAAAGAGGAUUGGUCGUCGAGUACAGCUGAUGGUGAUGAUGAUCUUUCGAUGGUUGAUAAGAAACGAAGUCAUAUAGACAUACUAAUGAGGAACACUCUGUUUGCAUAUUUGUGCUUCCUUCUCCAAGCUAUUACUGAAUUGUUGGGCUCAUAUAAACAUGCAAAGCUUGAAUUCAUCACAUACUCCAAGAAGGGUAAUUCAGAGGAAAAAUCAAAGCCACGUUCAACUUCUUUGAACUUUUUCAUUCAUCAGCUCAACCCAAGCAAGGCAUUGGUAAACCUCGAAAGCGAAGAAGUGCAAAGGAUUGAGGCAGUAUCCUCCUUGUCCAAACUAUGUCUCCUUGCUCUAGUAUCAAGUCCAAUUCUCGAGAAUGAUUCUUCCCCUGAUUUCAAAUCGGAAGACGUCGACUUAGCCAUCGUGAGACGAUUCUUUGUCGAUGUCAUUUCAAGGGUUCUCAAAGACAGUGUCAACUCGCUGACUUCAGCUUCGUCAUCCUACGCGAAAUUGUAUGAUCUAUUCGAUUUGUGUUCUUGCUUGUUAUCAACAAAGUUUCGAGAGAUGUGCUUUCCUCUUCUUAGCAAAAACGCAACGAAGAUGGAUCAUUACUUUAUUGCAUGUGCCUUCAUUGAAAGACAACUCCCAAAUCAAAUUGCAGCAGCUAUUGCUGACAUCGAUCUCAAUUAUCCUAAUGUCACUCGUCUUAUUAAGGCAGGCAUCAAGCCGUUGACGCAUCUUGCUAAGAUCAAACUAACUUUUGGCGAUUUCUUCGAGUCAAAUCAGCCUGAAAGAGAAGAAGAAGAAAUUGUUUCGGAUGACCUUGUUGAUCGCGAUGAAACACCUGACUUAUUUCGCAAUUCAACAUUGGGGAUGUACGAUGCAGAUUCAGAUUCAGAAGAAGAUAUUUACGAUGAUGGUGAACCGCUUGAGGUGGUCAUGUCUGCAUCAGAUAUGUCCCAAGAGGAUGAAGAAUCUGAAUCAGAUGAUAUGGAUGAGGAGGACAUUGAAGAUGAAGACAUGGAGGGCGAAGAUAUAGAACGUGGUGAACUUGAAGGGUAUGAUAGUGGUAAUAGUGAUGAUGACAUUGAGAUCAUCGAUGAACUCAAUCUAGGAUCACACUCCGGAGAAUCUGAGGAAGAUAUCUCCGAUGUUUCAGAAUUCUAUGGAUUUGAUGAGGACGAAUAUGAUCAAGAGUUCGUCAAUGAGGAGGGUGGUGAUGAAGAAAUUGAGUAUGAUGACGCAGAGUUGGAUGGAUGGCUCGAUACCUUCGAGAACGAUGGAGAAAGCGAAGAAGAUGCAAGCGAAAUUCCUCGUCUGGGAAGCGUCUUCCCUAUUGAUAGUACUGACGCAUACCCAGCUAUAGGCAUACACUCCGAGGAAGACGACCACGAGGAUUCAGAGGGUGAAAGUGAUUUCGAGUCAGAUAUGGACGAAUUUGCAGUUCGUGAACCAAAUAGUGCUACCCGAGAGUUUAUGACCUCUAUUUUUGAUGUCUUAAGACCAGCAUUGCGUCAGCAAAACGUUCCCCAUCUACUUGAGGGUUUAGUAAAUGGUCGCUUGCGAAAUUCUUUUCAUAUUACUGGUACUCGUGGAAGUGAAAGUAUGUUGCCCGGGUUCGAUAGGGCCUUCGAAGUUGUUCUUAAUGAUAGGCCUCCUUCUGGGCCUAAGAGCUCAAUAAACCACGUAUUCAUCCGCUCAACAAUUGAACGCUGGGUUGACGCACAUGAAAUGUUCUUUUCAGAUAGCCAGCAAGAACUCAAUGAGCAAGUUCGCCUAGAAAUAACCAAGAGAAUCAGGGAUGAGAGUUAUGAAAUCCACCUAAAGUUGAAUGAAGAGAAGGAAAAAGCGAGAAGAGACCGAGAAGAGAAGACCAAAAAAAAGCGAGAAGAAGCAAGAUUGAAGCAGGAAGAGGAGAGAAGACAGCGUGAAAUGGAAAGGCAGCAUAAUCCUCAAGUCGAACGUGAGCCUGUAAUGCUUCGAAUAGGUGACAGAGAAGUGGAUAUCAGUGGUACAGACAUCGACCCAGAGUUUUUCGAGGCACUUCCUGAUGAUAUGAGAGAGGAAGUCUUCACACAGCACAUAAGAGAACGAAGAGCUAAUGCAAACAGCUCAGGCACUGAAGUUCGUGAGAUUGAUCCUGAUUUCCUUGAAGCACUACCCGAUCAAAUCAGGGAUGAGAUAUUGCAGCAAGAGGCAAUGGCACGGCGAUUUUCCAGUGGUCGCCUUGGGUUCUUGGAGGUGGAUGAUAAUGAAGACAGCGAACUUGAGGAUGACGCUGAUGAUACAGAAAUUGACAGAAGUGGGCCACUUGUACUAGACAGUGGCGCCACCAUCUAUCCGCCCGGACAGCGCCAAGAUGCUCAAGAUGAUUCGAGCGUACCGAAAAGAAGGAAAACAUUUUCUGUACCGCUUGUUGAUAAAGCGGGCGUUGCUAGCAUAAUUCGUUUGCUAUUUGUUCCCCAAGCAUUCCAUCAAAGAACUCACAUUUACUCAGCUUUGUCUCAGAAUUGCAAUAAUAAGCAGACAAGAGCAGAAGUGAUGAGUUUAUUGAUAGCCAUUCUAAAUGAUGCCUUACACAGUCAGAAGGCUUUAGAAAAGUUGUAUUCUCUGAUUUGUGGAAGAGCCAAAAAUAUGAAACCACAUGAUGUGAAUCUGAAGAAAUCUCUUCCAAUAGGCGCGACGCCUGUCAUUGUCGGGAUUCAAUUGAUAGAGGCUGUCUACUUCUUGUUAGAGAAAAAUAUCCACUCACGUUAUUAUCUUUUGACCGAGAAUGAAAACAUUUUCGUGACUAGACGUGCUCAGAAGAAGAAACUCCACAAUACUUCGUAUGAGAAAUAUCCCAUCAACUUUCUUCUCAAACUUCUCGAAAAUCCUUUGUUGAGAGAGCAACAUAUGUUCAUCGAUUUAUUGGCAAGUGUGCUCCAUAUUGGAACGAGGCCAUUAUUGCUUUUAAAAAAUAAAGAAAAUUCACCAUCAAUUUCGACGUCAUCGAUUCCGGAGCUCAAUCUACGUUUGAUAGUACGCAUCUUGUGCUCGAAUGAAUGUGCUAACUCGACAUUUAGGAGAACAAUUAGUGCGAUGCAAAAUCUUUCGGUGAUGAAGAAUGCUCACAAUGUUUUCUCCGACGAGCUUUCUGAUGCUGCAAUAAAAUUGAGCGUUGACAUAGUCAAAGACUUGAAGUUUUUAUCCACGGAACUUCAAAGUGACCUUCAAAGCAGCACCGACAGUAAAAUGCUUAGCAAGUUCACCGCCCCAAGUUCUCAUCAAGCCAAGCUCCUUAGAAUUCUCACAGCCUUGGACUACAUGUACGAAAACAGAACCAUCGAAGGAACUAAGGAAGAGGUCGAAAGUUCAUCAUCAACUGAGCUCACCGGCCUUUAUGAGAAGCUCGAACUCGGGAGGUUAUGGGAUGCUUUGAGCACUUGCUUAACGCUGUUAGAAAAAGCACCUCAGCUUCUCAACAUUGCCACUGCCCUUCUCCCAUUAAUCGAAGCUCUAAUGGUUGUUUGCAAGCAUAGUAAAGUGAAGGAUAUUCUUUUGAAGGAUGUUAUGAAAUACGAAGUCAAAAGAAUCGACUUCACGAAAGAGCCGAUUGAAAGCUUGUUCUUUUCGUUCACCGACGAACAUAAGAAAAUAUUGAACCAAAUGGUACGUACCAACCCCAACUUGAUGAGUGGUCCGUUUGGUAUGUUGGUCAGAAACCCUAGGGUGCUAGAGUUCGAUAACAAAAAGAACUAUUUUGAUAGACAACUUCAUGAAAAAGCUGGUGGGGGACAAAAGCUUUCUAUCAGCAUUAGACGGGAUCAAGUAUUCUUAGACUCUUACAGAGCCCUUUUCUUCAAAUCUGUUGAAGAGUUCCGGAAGGCUAAAUUGGAGAUUAACUUCAAAGGUGAAUCAGGAAUUGAUGCCGGGGGAGUCACUAGAGAAUGGUAUCAGGUAUUGUCAAGGCAAAUGUUCAAUCCUGAUUACGCCUUAUUCAGUGCCAUCGCGAGUGAUGAGACAACUUUUCAUCCUAAUCGCACGUCCUACGUGAACCCCGAGCAUUUAUCAUUUUUUAAAUUCAUUGGAAGAAUAAUAGGCAAGGCUAUCUUUGAUGGUAGCUUCCUAGAUUGCCAUUUCAGCAGGGCAGUUUACAAGAAGAUUUUGGACCGUCCAAUGUCAUUGAAGGACAUGGAAACACUCGACUUGGAGUACUUUAAAUCAUUGAUGUGGAUGCUCGACAAUGAUAUCACGGAUAUCAUUACUGAGGACUUUUCUGUCGAGUCUGACGAUUAUGGUGAACAUAAAAUCAUCGACUUAAUACCCAAUGGAAGGAACGUUCCUGUGACAGAGGAAAAUAAGCACGAAUAUGUGAGGCUAGUCGUUGAGUAUAGGUUGCUCAAAUCGGUGGAAGAACAAAUGAAUAAUUUUAGCACCGGGUUUCAUGAAAUUAUUCCGAAAGACUUGGUAGCUAUAUUUGAUGAGCAAGAACUUGAACUUCUUAUCAGCGGCUUACCCGAUAUAGACGUCGGUGAUUGGCAAGCAAAUACAUCUUACAACAAUUAUUCCCCAUCCUCGGAGCAGAUACAAUGGUUCUGGAGAGCAGUGAAAUCCUUUGACAAUGAGGAAAGAGCCAAAUUGCUACAGUUUGCGACAGGUACAUCAAAGGUUCCACUAAAUGGUUUUAAAGAGUUGAGAGGAGCUAGUGGUACUUGCAAAUUUAGCAUUCACCGCGACUAUGGGUCUACUGAUAGACUUCCCUCAUCGCACACCUGUUUCAAUCAGAUUGACUUACCAGCAUAUGAAUCUUACGAAACAUUGAGAGGCUCGCUUCUUCUAGCAAUCACUGAAGGACACGAAGGCUUUGGAAUGGCCUGA